GUGCAUGUAUAUUGUAUCUUCUAGUUAGUGUACUGGACUGCAUAGAGAGAAUGGCUACUGUAACUCUAUUUCUUUGCUGUCUGCUGGGAAGUGUUUGUCUUGUGAAUGGACAGACUUUGUCUCCCUGUCCCACACUGAGUCCCCUGUCUAAUGGAAUGAUCGCAACCACCAACAUGGCCACCUACACCUGUAACACUGGGUACACCAUCAGUGGAACCAUAGAUAGAAGAGCAACUACUGCAAUAACUUGUAUAAGUGAUGGUACCUGGUCUCCAACACCUCCCACUUGUACAAUCGUCACCUGCCCUGUCCUAACCUCCCCUACCAAUGGAGGUGUGUCCACCACCACUAGUCGGAACUACCUCACCAUUGCUGCAUACAGCUGUGACCCUGGCUACUUCCUCACUGGUAGUGCUACUAGACAAUGUGAAGCUACUGGUCAGUGGUCAGGAGUGGCACCAACUUGUUCACCUGUUGACUGUGGUUCCCUGACUGACCCCUCCAAUGGAGCAGUGGACACAUCCUCUGGAACCACCUUCAUGAUGACUGCUACCUACACCUGUGUCACUGGAUACAACAUUGUUGGUAGUGAGAUCAGAACUUGUGGAGGAAGUAUAACAAGUGGACCAACUGGAGUUUGGAGUCCAGCUGCACCAGUUUGUGAAAUUGUCAACUGUGAUUCCCUGGACGACCCCUCCAAUGGAACAGUGGGCACAUCCUCUGGAACCACCUUUAGGGACACUGCUACCUACACCUGUAACCCUGGAUACACUCUGACUGGAGAUAUGACCAGAACUUGUCAAGCUAAUGGAAAUUGGAGCUCUAGUGAACCUGCCUGUGAAUUCAUUGUCCUGUCCAUUGGAGGCACUGUCUACACUAACAACACAGCUCUGUCCUUCUCCCUCAUUGGAGAGGGCUCCUCUGCCCUCACCUGUCACACUGAGCUAUCCACCUGCUGCAGAGGAGUGGACAAUAACGGCAAUGCUCUCGGAGGGUGGAGAGGACCAGAUGGGGACAUUCCUGAAACAAUAGGUGAUGGAUUCUACGUCACUAGAAAUGUCAGCACUAUUAGCCUGAAUCGCCAUGGCACUGAAACGUUGGCUGGUGUCUACUGCUGCACUAUCCCCAGAGCUGGUGGUAUCACUCAAAUAUUCUGUGCAGAGGUGCAAGGUACAACAUUCGUGUGUGUGUGUGUGUGUUGUGUAUCUUAUAUAGCUGAUUCAUCUUCUAUUCUAUAGCUCCUACUUCUUCACCAGGGCCUGGUGGUGAUGUUGGGGCUAUAGUCGGUGGUGUCAUUGUUGCUGUGAUAGACAUUGUGGGGUUAGUAGUGGGUAUCAUUGUGGCAGUCAUUAUAAGGACAAAGAAACUUACACAAGCAAGAAGUCAACUCAGACAGUAUCAAAACAAACAAGAGCCAGUUUAUGAAGAUGUGAGCAAGUUGGGUGUGGGUGGCCCCCCCACAGCUAUUGAGCUGAGUGAGUGUCCAGCAUACGCACCCACUGUGUCAGGGGGUGGGCAGAGGAGAUAAGAAGAUCAUAAUGAUAAUACAAACCCUUUAUUUAUUGAUUUGUGCUGUAUUUUAGUAGCGUUAUACAAUUGUUUUCAUUGCACAAUCAUUAUAGUACGUAUAAUUACAGCAACUCAGAU